GCCCGAGGUGACCGGGGAGCCGAUGGCGGGGGCCUGAGGGGAUGAUGCUGCUAAGGCUGCUGCUAAGGCCAAGGCCUUUUUCUCUCUGGAAAAUCACUUUUUAAACUCCCUCAACAGGCCCCGGACCCCAAAGCGCAGGCCCACCAUGGAGCUCAGCCGUGCCCUGAGCCUGCGGGUCUUCGACCUCAACUGCUGGGCCAUCCGCUACCUGAGCCAGCGGCGGAAGGAGCGUCUGCAGCGUCUCACCGAGUUCCUGAGCCAGGAGCACUUUGACCUGGUGCUGUUGCAAGAGGUGUGGAGCGAGCGAGACUUUGAGGAGCUGAGACGGAAGCUCUCAAAGACGUACCCCGCUGCCCACUACUUCCGGAGUGGCAUCAUAGGCAGCGGCCUCUGCGUCUUCUCUAAACAUCCCCUCCAUGAGGUGUUUCUGCACCCCUUCACCCUCAAUGGCUACCCCUACAUGCUGCAGCACGGAGAGUGGUUAUGUGGAAAAGCCGUGGGACUGUUGGGGCUGCAAAUCGGCACACUCCAGCUGAAUGCCUACGUCACCCAUCUCCACGCCGAGUAUGACCGUGAACGGGACUGCUACCUCCCGCACCGAGUGGCGCAGGCCUGGGAGCUGGCCCAGUUCAUCCACCACACCUCCAAGACGGCCGACGUGGUGCUGCUCUGCGGAGACCUCAACAUGCAUCCUGAGGAUGUGGGCUGCCGCCUCCUGCGGCGUUGGACCGGGCUGCUUGAUGCUUACUGCGAGACCAAAUCCUUUGAGGGAUGUGAGAGAGGCUUCACUUUGGUGCCCGAAAACUACUUCGUCAACCCCAGGGAGUUGGGACCCUUCCCGGAGGGCAUCCGCAUCGAUUACGUGCUCUUCAAGGCUUCCUCCGAGCUCCAUAUAUCCUGUGAGACCCUCCGGACCACUACAGGCGGGAGCACCUCGUACUCUGACCACGAGGCGCUGAUGGCCACUCUGUGCAUCCAGCCGGGCCCCGGCCCCGCCGCCCAGCUCAGCUCCAACGAGCCGCCCUUAGUGGACGUGCUGAGCGAGGCGCAGGCGGAGCUGGGCCGGGGCCUGGCCAGGGCCCGGCAGCGAGGCACGGCCACGGCCGGCCUGCUGGGGCUGGGGCUGGCUCUGCUGCUCGGGAGCCUGCCGGCCGGGGCCGCCUCCUGGGGACCCUGGUGGUCCUGGCUCCUGCUCGGGGCCCCCGGCCUGGCCCUACUGGUGGGGGCAGCCGCCCGCCACCUAUUCUACACCUACGAAGCCAAAGCUCUUGGGGAAGCGGAGACCGAGCUACAGCUGGUGAUAGAGAUCCUGGACCGCAGCGCCAGCCCGGACGAGGGAGGGCCGGGGGCCUCCUGGAAGGGAGGGGAUGGGACCAACCCCAAGCUGGACGGGGGAGCUAAAUCAAUAAAGGAUUAA